CUCAUUUUUCCAGAUCUGGUUGUGGCCGUUAUCUCAUACGAAUUUCCAUCCAUAUACAUCUCGCAGGCAACAGUUAUCGCCAACCAGAGAUUACUUGAGAGCCAUGCAGUUUAGAACACCGAAUACCUCAAUAUGGCUCUGAGUGAAAGUUCACAGAAGUCAUCCUAGGAGACAUCACAAGUAACAAAGACUUGCCAAUUGAAUACAUAUCUUCAAUCAGGAAAUUCAGAAACUGUGCUAAAUCAAGAUAAACGAAUGAAGGAGUUUUCGAUUGAGUCAUGUGCGAUCAAGAAAGAAUUCGACUCGUCAUUCUUGGAGGACCAGGAGUUGGGAAAAGCUGUAUUGUUAAAAGAUUUCUUUUCAAUACAUUUACCGACCGUUACCGCAGCACUGUCGAGGAUCUAUACAACAGGGAGUUUGAUCUAGGACCAGUCACAAUAAAGGUGGACAUUCUGGACACAUGCGGCGACCUGCAGUUCCCGGCAAUGCGCCGGCUGAGCAUAGCGACGGCGCAUGCGUUCCUGCUGGUGUACGCAAUCACCAGUGCAGACAGCUUUGAGCGCAUGAAGUGCUGCUUCGAGGAGGUGCGCGAGCAGCGGGCUGACUUCCAGGAGGUCCCCAUCAUGGUGGCUGGCAACAAGUUGGAUUUGGCGCCUGCGCGGCGCGAGGUCUCCAUCGAGGAUGUGUCCGAGUGGCUCUUCUGCGAGCAGCCCAAGUUGAGGGCAAAGCUGAUGGAGUGCUCGGCCAAGGAGGACCUGCACAUCCGCGACAUCUUCCGGUGCUUCGUGACGCUUUCGCGCAUCCUGCCUCCCGCCGGCGACGACACGGGCGGCCUCAAGCGACGCUCCAGCGCCUAUGUGCGCCAGGGUGCCGGGCGCCGCGGCGGCAGUCCCGCCACAACUAGCAGUUCAGCAAGUAGCGGCGUCGUGGGUGACGCAGCAGUCGGCGUGACACCGUCCAAUGCAGCCGCAGCCGCCAAGCCACGCAGCCGCAGUCUGAUCCGACGUUGCAGCCGUAAAGCCAAGCAGCAGAUACGCGACGCGCAGGGCACAAACAAUGACGACUGCAACGUAUCCUAACUCCUCAGCCAGCGCAACGCAAAACAAUACUAUUUUGUCUUUUUCCAAUACUGAAAAGCUUGACAUAUGGUGAGGCCUAUCGGUCAAGUUGUAGCCGAGGUCAAUGAGGGGGUGAAUACUUUAUUUCGUAUUUCUCUAGUAUUGGAUAGCCCAGCCAAGAUUAAUUAUAUUAAAUAACAACAUUAAUAGGGCAGAGUUUCUAGAACACUAUUAUUAAACCUACCUACUUGACCAUUGAAGAAGCCAUGGUACAUCAAACCUAUAGGUUCAAUAGUACAUUAGUUUUAAUAAGUGUCCUAGAAACUGGAUCAAUUUUCUGUAUUCAUGAACGAUGCCGUACUUGAUAUCCUGCAUUCGAUAUUGUUUAUAGCUAAGUUGUGGCAAAAUUACAUGAAUGAAUGAAUAUCAUAAUUUUAUCACGUUUUUUUAUAAAUAGUGCUAUCAAUGUAGAAAAAUACAAAAUAUAGUGUUCCAGUGAUUCAAGUUCAUGAAAUGUUAUAUUAUAUAACUUAUUAUUAUUAUUAUUAUUAUUAAUUCUCCAAGAAACGUCAUAAGUGUUAUGUAUACUAUAAGUAUAUUUAUCUUUCGAAAAAUCCAAAAAACAUCGGUUUUAUAUAUUUUUAUUUGCAAAUGGUGUAUGUAAUUUAAAUGUGAUAAAGAGCUCAUAGGAUGUUGAGAUGUGUUGAUGUUGAAAGUUCAUAAGAUGUUUAAUUUCAACUACAGUAAUAAAACUGAAUUACAAUAAUUAUUAUGAGGAGAAGACUAUCGGGGAAAGUCACCUAAGAUCCUGAAAUCUUCUUGUAAGCUGGCCAACGCAUCAGUUUCAGAUAGUUUCAUCACUUGAAAGCAAGUAGCCUACGUGAAUGCAUAACUGAAGAGUAUCGAAGAAAUAUUUCACACGGAAAAGUGACUUGAAAUAAAGGAAAUUCAUAUUUUGUUGGGCUUCAAAAUACUUUUUCAACUAAACCGAAUUUUGUUACUAUAAUGUUGACCAAAAUUGAAAUUAACAGUCAACACUUCAUGGUCUAAGCCGACAAUAAAAUUUUGAACUUAUAACGACUUUGUACAAUCCAUUUAUUGUUCCACCUACUUCAAGAAAAGCAUUAAAUUGAUGACACUUUCUUUAUGAACAAUAUGGUUUCUAAAAAAAUAAUAAAAAAAUAUACCUUAUUAUUUUGAGGUUUUUAUUGAAAUGAAUUAUUGGAAUAAAACUAAAUUUCAGCUUAAUUUUUGUGAAAUAAGUUGGCUUAUUUUUGUGAUAUAGUAAUUAUUUCUAAAACAGAGCAAGUAAUCAAAUAGAAAAAUCUUCAAUUUGAGCAAAUCGAAGUUACUUAUCAAUAUCGGUAUUUGGUGUAUACUCAUCCACCGGAAUGACAUCAAUCUUUUGAUAAGAAUUUUCUAGAACUGUUAACGUUAGAAAGUAUCAAUAUUUUCUUAGCUGAAGGUGGAGCUCAAUAAGUUUCCACACCUCUGAAUUCAUAGUGUUCAACUGUACUUAUCAAAUAAUGAACAAUCAUCAAAAUGAAUUGUUAUAUUUUAUUCAAUUCCUCUUCUAAAUCUCAAAAAUAAUAUUCGAAUAGUUUUUUAUACUGCAUUUAAAUAAUUUACAUAACCUAUGAUACUAGAGUGUUUAGCCAAUAUCGUAACAAAUACAGGAAUGGUAGUCAGUAACGGUACCAAGAAAUAUGAGUAAUUUCAUGUAAAUCUCUAAGAAGAGACCUGAGAUUUCUUGAAGUUUAGAAAAUAUAGAAGAAAACUCAAAUGUUGAAGUCUUUCGACCAAUUAGCUAUGUACGGUCAGCAGUAACAACACCAAUGUAUAAUAUAGAAUAUUUUUAAUUGAAUGAAUUUCAGUUGUGUUCUGAUUGUAAUAUUGUUGCUGUGGUUGAUGAGAAUUGUUAUACUAUUUUAUAGUUUAGAACUUUUUUUAUGAUGAAAAGUUGAAGACAAUAAUAGAAGAAAAUUCAGAAUGAAGUACUACCAUUUUCAAGAGACGAAUAUAAUUGUAAUUAUUGAAUCGAAGAGGCAAAAAUGGAUUGUCUUACACAUUUAUCAAUUUAUUGUAGGCUUACUAUGAAAUCGGUUUGCUAGAGGUUUCAUGUAGGUCAUACUGGAAUUUAUCAAAUAAUUAUACAGUACGGUAAUAUAGCGUACUUUAACUUUUGUUUACACAACUAUGCAGUUAAAUAUAAUUAUUACAGUACGGUAAUAUAUGCGUACAUUAAAUUUGGUUUACAGAGAUUGUGAAGGUAGUACCUGAAGAAACAAAUCUGUGCUUUGAUUUAAAAAAAGGAGGAAACUCAGAUUCUUUCAAAAAAUCUACUCUAAAUUUACAAUCAUAAUAGUUUCCCCUGAGACAACUUUGGGACCAGAGAAAACUUUCAUGGCUCAACUUAACUGCAGAGUGCCAUAUAAAUACUAUGUAUUCCAGCCUCCUAAUCACAUUUUAUUCAAAGAAUAGAAAGGACAUUAAAUUUCCCCUUAUAAUAUUCAAAAUAUUCUCAAGCAAAUCACUCUGCUCAUUGCUGAGAUAUUGAAGCUCAAUCCUCAUUGUUCAAGCACGAUUCAAGACACAGGUACUAUUACAAUCUUCCUUGAUGAUAAUUCAACACAGUUUUGAAUACCUAUGCAAUUCAAUCAAAAUAACUUAGUUUAUUGUUAUUACUGGAAGAAACCUUAUCAAUCGAGAACUCAAUGGAAUAUUGAAAUGCCCAGAAACACAUUUUCAACAGGAAAACUUGUAAAAUGUAUGAUAAUCAAAUGUUAUUUUACUUUUUUCAAUCUAUCUGCUCUUCUAUUUAAUAGCAUUGAUCCAGUUUUCUGCGAUUUUUGUAUUCAACUUUUCUCCAGUUUCUAUUGUAUAUUACACCCUACUGAGUAAGCGGAAAACCAUUCAAGUGAAAAUUUAAUAAUUUUAUUUUGGACCAAAUUAAUAGAAAUAACAAGAUACGGAAACUCAGAUGUGAACGGUCAUUUAGGCUAGAACUAUAAACUCGAUCAUUUUUGAUAUCCAAGGUAUGGUAUAUCAAAACUUUUAUAUUUUUUGAAUUCAAGAAUUUCAAAUGACUUGUAAUAAUAUUGUGUGAUUGUCCCAUAGCUAUUUUUGAUGUGAUUUUGUCCAUUCAAUAAUGAACAAGUGAAAUAUUUGUUUUGAUUAUUCGUGAUUAUCCAAAUGUGCUUGAUUGAUUAGUAACUUAUAAAUGACAUAAUGAAUGCCAAUGUCUCAUAUUAUAUCAAUGCAAAAUACAUUGAUAACACAAUAAUUUUAUUACAUGUUGCGAUCUAUACCUGUAAAUAAUUGAUAAUUUAUUGAUGUGAGCUUAGUUUUAUUUUUAAGCUAUUUAAUAAAUAUCAAUAUUAUAUUGGUUCGGAAAGAAGGCGGGUGAUUUUAUUGUAAAAAUUCUUACAAAAAUUAAUGUGUAGUACCCUACCAACAAUGAUUAUCAACAUAAAAAUGAUCAUUGCUUAUACAUAUCCAUUAAUGUUAUGAAUGUUUGGACAAUUUUACCAAUAAUUGUAUAAUAAAUAAUGUUUCUUUUGAAUAUAUUACACUUUUGCUUAUCAUUUUUACAGAAUGAUAGACGGAAGAAAAAUUAUCGUGAGAAAAAUUCUAAUACUUUUGAAAAAGUAUUCAAAAGUCUCUAUAAAAAGGCAUUAUAUACGUUACGGUACACAUUUCAUCAAACAGAAGACAUUGUGAUUUGUUAAUAAUUAGAGAAGGAAUGAAAGAUUCAGAAUAAAAUUCUAGGAAUAUUUGAUAUUACACUAUUUUUCAUGGUCUCAGCAUCAAAAUUCUAUUCUAAGUUGAAAAAAAAUAUUUUCAAUUUAAAAAUUUUAAAAUAUAUUCAAAUUUAUAUUUGGAAAACGUACCGUAACCAACUAGGCACUUCAAGCUCUAUAUGAAAUUGAUAACAUAACCGUAGGAUGUCACAAUGUGUCAAUUUAUUUUGAUAUCGAGAGAAUUUUGUAAUAUAACUUUUUUAAUAGAACCGUUCACAAAAUCCUCAUCCACAAUAUAUGACCCAAUAAGAGAAUUGAACACAUUUUCGUUUAAUCUCUUCCUGGUAAAAUAUAACAAUCCUUGCAAGACUUGAAAGUGAAUAGGCCUACUUACAAUCCAGCAAUGGUUUAAAAUUUCAUGGAAAUUCAACAAACUUUCCCAGUAUAAAACUUGAAAAUUCAUUAAAAUGAAAAGCAAAAGUGUGAUAAUAUAUUAUAUAUUUUGAGUGUUUUCUAAUUCUAUCUGUGAACCAGUGUAUCUGUGUAUUUUUAUGACUGUGCUAUGUUGUUAUCCGUGUAUAUUAUAUCCUACUGUAAGGCCUAAAAUUGAUUGAUAUUGAGAAGUUGAAUAACUGUAUAUUCGAUCAGUUUUUCUAACAGAUUUUUGGAUCACUGAUCAAUUUCUCAAUAUUAUCAUAAAUUCUCAUCGUUAUAAUUUUUAGAUGUCUCACACUUUCAGUUUCUAUGUAAAAUUCAUCAGCAAAAUGUUUCAUUCAUUUUUUGAAUAAAUUUAAUUUAUCUGCAUACUAGCCUAUAUGUCUAUUCUACUCAACUGUCUCUCAAACUAACUGAUCCUUGUAACAUAAAAGGAUCAAAGAGGGCGCAUACUUCAACUCACAGUUUUCAUAAGAUAUUACACUUUAAUAAUUCCAAAACUGGAACUUUCCAAAUAGAACAAUUUCCACUGUCAUAAUAAAUCACAAUACACAUUGUUAUUCAAAAACAGUUAUCAUGUCAGUCCGAUUAGGUACCAUAAACAUUACUCUAUAAUACAAUACCUAAUACAACCUUUACUUUAUUGCUGUAUCAAGGAAGUUUAUCCAAUAUGAAAAAUCUUAUUUUGUAAGUGCUCUCAAAGCGUGGAAACUUAUCACAAAAUAACAUGAAAAUUCCGCACUCAACUUAUAAAAAAAUUAUUCAAACACGCACAUUAUUCUAUAAUAUUAUUAUAAUAAUUUGUUAUUGUUACGAUCAUCUAUAUUUCUAUCAUCGUUGAAUAACACCGUACCAAUAAUAUAUGCAUUCUAUCACAAUAGCUUUCCCAUAUAAUUCAUUCUACUCAAUGACUCUACUCAUUAACUGUACUCCAUAAUAUCAUAUCAAUAAAAAUACGUUGCCAUUUUGUAAAUUCAUUGUUUUACUAUGUACUGUGUAUUUCCUAUCCAAAGCUGAAAUUCAUGUAGCGGCUGUAUCUACCAUAUCUGGAAAUUAGACUUAACCACUAUCUGUUUAUUGAUAUCAAAAUUUGAUAGGAUUGAUAUAUAAUAUCAUUUGAAUUGCACCAAGUUCAUACUGCUAGGAAAUUAUUGUAAAUAUGAUUUUUAUUCUACAGACCGAUGUUUACUUCCAUAAUGAAUGUUUCCAUUAAACAACUGUCAUCAUAAUAAUGUUUUAUUAAAUUGUUGAAUAAUAAAAAAAUUUUCUCAUGUAAAUCAUUUUAGUAAGUACCGUAAUUUAAACUAUAAUUGUUAUACUUAUAUGAUGAAAUAUUUUGAUAUUGUUUCAAAUUUAAAUUUUGGGCUAUAGCAUACUGAUUCAUAAGUGGAAUCUUAUUCAUCAAAAUGUCUAUCUGCGAAAUUCUUAUCAAUAAUUGAACGAGAAGAAUAAGUGUAGUGUUACACUGAAUCGGAUAUAGCGAACGCAACUUUUCCAAUACAUUACAUUACAUUACAUUGAAUACUGUAUAACAAUCGUUAUAGCCGAUUUCCGAUUUCUACUGAAUGGAAUAAGAAAAGGUGCUUACAGCUGAAUAUUGGAAAAAUUUAUUCAGAAAUUUAUCAUUGUUUAAAUAAGUGUUGAAUGUUAUUUGCAGCUCUAUGAUAAAGUAUGAUAAUGUUGUGAUAAGAUUCAAAUAUAUUAUAUUUGUAUAAUACUCUUAAGAUUAAAUUAGCAUCAUUGAAUAAAUUCUUA